AACCCGUCCAAUAUCUCAUCACUGCUGCGCAUGCACUGGGACUGCUCAACACUGGUUACACGUUGCACGUGGUGCGCAACUAACGUGAGACCGGAGUGUAUAGGUUAGAAUAAUACGCUUUGCAGAAUUUAUAUUUUCAUUCGAUUAUAACAGUUUGUGUGUAUAUAAAAAUAGUAAUUUUAUAAUAAUGGUGGUAUUUACUUGUAAUAAUUGCGGUGAGUCGUUACAAAAAACAAAGGUAGCAAAACAUUACGAAUUUCAUUGCCGUACCGCACCUUUCGUAUCGUGCGUUGAUUGUUUCAAAGAUUUUCGAGGUGAGGAAUACGUUGCACAUACAAAAUGUAUAACCGAAGCGGAGCGAUAUGGAGGAAAGGAUUAUGUUCCAAAACCUGGAGCAAACAAAGGUGAACGAAAGCAACAGGAGUGGAUUAAUCUAGUAAAUAAUAUGUUAAACAGCGAAACGAGUUUAACAAGUGCAGAACGAAACUUUUUAAAUAGUUUAUCAAAGUAUGAUAAUAUUCCGCGAAAAAAGGCCAAGUUUUUAAAUUUCAUUCGAAGUAUGGGCAAUAAAGCAAAUCAAGCAUUAAUUGAUAGUGUAUGGGAUAAAAUGCAAACAGCUUAUAAGAAUAGUAUGCAAGAUACAACAACAAAACAACAAAAUGGUAAGGCAACUGAAAAGGUGGAUGAUAAGAAAUCUGAAGAUGCACAUCAAGAAAAUAAUGUUGUUGAAAAUCAAAACAAUGAAAAUAUAUACAAAGAAAAUCAAGCUGAUGGUCAGCAAAACAAAAGUAAUGGAUUGUAUGAUAGUCAUAACAACAAUUCUACUAAAAGUAUUAAAAAGAAAAAAUCGAAAAAAAGAAAAAUAUCUGAAGCUGUGCCAGAACAAGUAGAAGAAGAAACACCUAAGAAAAAGAAAAAUGUUCUUGCACAGGAAUCAGACAAAGAUACAUUACCUUCUGAAUCACAAGUUGCUCAAUGUGAUAAUGUAAUAGAAAAAUCAACUUUUGACUGGAAGGAAGCUAUCUUAAACAUAGUAAAAAGUAAAGAAGAAAUUUCCUUAAAAAAAUUACAGAAAAAAGUAACUUCACAAUACAUGAAAUUGUGUCCAGAUACAGUAACACAGGAAAAAGCAUUUAGCAAAUUUAAUAAAAAGUUAAAGAAAGUAUCAGAAGUAGUAAUUUCUGACGAAAAAGUGAGAUUAGCAUAAUAGUAUUAAUAUGUGUGCACUUUUAUCACAUACAGAAAUAAAACAUUUGAAAUACUGUUAAGUACAAGUUGUAGAAACUAAAUUUAUUGUUCUCUUUUUUUAACAUGACGAAUCAUAGAAAUUGUUGACAAUAUCACAGAAUUUACUUAAGAUUAAUAAUUUCUUACUGAAAAAAUAUGAAAUACAAAAUGUAAUGGUAAUAGUAAAUUUUUCAGUAAUUAUAUAAAAUUUAGAAGUAUAAAACAUUUUCCCUAAAGCAGCUGCAUUAGGGAUUGAAUUUGAUGUAAGAUUUGUGAAUAAAUGUUUUUACAAUUAUUUUUUUUAAA